AUGAUAUAUAUUGAAGCUGAAAAUUUACCUCAGUUUGUUUUACAAACUAUAUUUGCUUAUUUAUCAUUAAAAGAUAUCCAAUCUUGUAUAUUAGUUUGCAAAAGAUGGAAUAUUAUUAUAGAACAUUACAGUGAUGCAUUUUGGAAAAAUAGAUUUUUAAAAUUAACUUCUAAUACUACAGUAAAAGAUUUAACAAUGUUUAAUAUUUUUAAAAAACCAAGAUCAAAAGUUAGAGCAAUUAAAUAUUCUUGGAAUCCCAAAGAUAGUUCAAAAAAUAUGUUUGUGAAACCUAAUGGUAUUACUGUUCAUAGACAUCCUGUCGCACAAAGUACAGAUGGAAUAAGAGGAAAUAUAGGAGUAAAAUCAGGAAUUCAUGCAUGGGAAAUAAUAUGGGAAGGACCACUAGGAACUGUAGCAAUUAUUGGUAUUGCAACAAAACAUGCAGCUUUACAUUGCCCUGGUUAUCAUGCUUUACUUGGUAGUGAUGACCAGUCAUGGGGAUGGAAUCUAGUAAAUGGUAAUUUACAACAUAAUGGAGAAGUAUUAUGUACAUAUCCAAGAAGAAAUAAUGCACCUAAAUAUAAAAUUGGUGAAAAAGUAAGAAUGAUUCUUGACUGUGACCAAGGACUACUAUACUUUGAAAAAGGUCACGAUUUCCUUGGAAUAGCAUUUGAUGAUAUACCACCAUUAAAAUUAUUUCCAGCAAUAUGUGCCGUCUACGGAAACACAGAGGUGAGCAUGGUUUACAUUGGUGCACCAUUGGCUGGUUAA